GCCAACAGCUUUCUCGUAUAUCACGACAUCUCGGGUUAUGGUAAGGGCGAGAAACUGUAACGGAUGUAUGUGGUUGUCCAGAUUUAAAUUAGUUUUUGACAUUUCAAACUCUUCUUAAAUAUUUAAUGAUUUAUGUAUAAGAUUUCAGGGCAUCCAGAAGUAUGGACCUAGAUUUUUCUUUACUAACAUUCAGCCCGUCCCACGCGAAGAAGAAUUUGAAGUUAUCGAGUGCAAGCAAAAGAUCUUCAAAACUUAAACUGAGGCACAAACAACUUUAUUCAGUUAAAACGAAAGGCACAGUUCCUUGUCAGGAGAAAUGUACUUCUACAAACAAUUUAAAAAGUGUGCAAGAAACGUUACCAAAAAUAGAUUUUGCUGUUGGUGACAAUGUUAAGCAGUUCUUUGGUGCAGUGCAUGAUAAACCUGUCAUUAAAUCACGUGUUGGUAAAGGAAAGGAGAACCGAGGAAUUGACUCGUGCACUGUGGAUUCAACUUGUGAUUCAGGAUGGCUAGGCACAACUACUGCCAAGAAUGAUCACAAAAGGUGCCGUAAACUUUCAUCUGAUCACUGUCUUGAAAAUGGGUCCUCAAGGAAGAAACGUUCAAUUGAAGUAGUAAUGAAUAGCUCCAAUCAAAAUACAAUAGAUGAUUUGAUGUCCAAAAUGAAUACUUGUAUAUCAACAUGUGGGAAAUCAUCUGGGUCGUCAUGUGGAAGCUCACGAUAUUUUUCCUGUUCUCAGAAUGCCCCAGAAUGCUCUGUAGUGUUAAUUCCAGAGUCAAGCUGUUCUUCAGUGGACCAAAGAUCAUAUGAAAAGGGAAAAAAUAAUGGAGUGAAUGGUAGUAUCAUUGUUAUAUCUGAUAGUAGUAGUACUUCAAGUGUUAUUUCAAAUUCUAUUUGUAAAAGACAAAUGAAGCAUUCAUUAACUUCAGUAACUAAAGAACAAAGGAGUGAUGUGCAAAAAGUGAAAUGUAAGGUAGUUGGAGAUACAUCUGAUGGUGAAAAUGAUGUAUUAGGAGCAAAUAAUGAGGCCCCCUGUUCUUCAAAUUCAAUUGUAAGAAGCCCUUUGGACUCAGAUUCAAAGCUUGAGACUUGUAGUAACACCAGACAUGAAGGAGGUCAUGUUACAGAUGUAGAAUUUACACUUCCAGCCACACCACCCCAACUAAACCAAGCAAAGUAUCAGGACAUUAAAAAUUGGUUAUCAAAUGUAAAAUCUCUAGACAAAAGUGAUUGUGAUGAUGCUGAUGAAACACUUGAAGGAAAUAGCGUACAGAAGACUGAAGAGACUGAAAGAAGUACAGAUACUAAUGUUGAUUUGAAUUCAUCAGCUGAAGAAAUCCUGGACAGUUUGUACGGAACAGCAUGGCGCAAACAGAAUGCAAAUUCAAAGAGGCAUAAUACAGUACCCUGUAAAAAGAAAUGCUCAAGAAAUGUGCCUGUUGCUAGGCAAUAUACUGAAUGUAAGAAGCAGAAGGUAGCCAAGAGUGGACAAUCUGUUGUCAGUAGUACUGACAGUGAAGAGUUUGAUAACUUUUUGAAGAAUGUACGCCAAAAGUUUGAAUCAACCCGAAGGAAUUCUGUUCUGGCAACACCAGACUUUAUUGAUGAUGAUGAUUAUGACAACUCUCUUACAUUCUAUCAGAAUGUGUGUAAUAGCAAGGAUGUUAAGCAGGAUGCAUUGUGUUUGAAUUGGAAGCCGGACAGGAGUACGCCUCUAUACAGCGUGGGUGCAUGCAGGCAGCUGUCUUUUUCAAACAGUGGUGAUGAUGGUGAUGACGAGCCUGCUAAAGAGCAUGGCUAUAUUAAAAAUCAUGAUAAACCAAAGACGAAGAACAGUGAUAAGAAAUUAGAGGAUUUAAAGAAAAAGAAAAAUAUGAAAAGGCCACAGAAAAUUUUAGUGUCUCCAGUAAAACAAACUUUGGUUAAACGGACUCCAAAGACAGUGGGUCAAACCAAACUGAAGUCUUGUGUAAACAAACAAGUCGGCAACAAGUUUUGCUCUCCAGUUCUCAGCUUCUUGGGAUCACUCUCAGCUGGAACUCCAAGUGGACGCUGCCACCCAGAAGCACAGUAUUAUAAAGAUAAAUUCGGGAAGAAGAAAGAAGAACUAUGCAGAAAACUGUUCACAAUGUACAAUGAUAAAAUUUUUGAUAAUAAGCUUCCUCAAGAUAUGCUUGUGGAAUGGAAUGUUAGGUUGAAGCGUACAGCUGGUUUCUGUUAUAAUCGCCGGACAGUGAUUGCGCCUGGAACCAAGAUCCGGACUUCACGAAUUGAACUUUCAACGAAGGUGUGUGACACAGCUGAUCGCUUACGAGACACCCUGGUUCAUGAGCUGUGCCAUGCAGCAACUUGGGUUGUGGAUGAUAUUAAGGAUGGACAUGGACCCCAUUGGAAAGCUUGGGCCAGGAAAGCUAGGCAUGUGUUUCCAGAACUGCCACCAAUAAAACGCUGCCAUGAUUACAACAUUCAGACCAAAUUCACAUACAGAUGCACAGGAUGUGGCUACAGUAUUGGUCGUCAUUCCAAAUCCUUGAAUGUUGCCACUAAAAGAUGUGGACAUUGUUAUGGCAUAUUUGAACUCCUUAUCAAUACCAGGAGGAAAUCUGGCACCAUUGCACAGGAGGCUCUUAAGAAACGGAGUCCUGCUGGGUUUGCUCGUUAUGUCAAGGAGAACUACAGCUCUGUGAAACAGUCGAGGACGGAUCUAAAGCAUGGUGAUGUGAUGCGGCUGUUAGGGCAACAAUUUUCUGCCGUGAAGAUUGGACCAGAUGUCAGGAAACCACAUUAAGCCCAAUUGCUGAUAUAAUUGUGCCACAGUCAGCAAUAGGUGGGCUGAUGUGAUAAGGUUUAAUAUGUCAGAUAUUUUGUGACCGUAUAUUCAGUAAUUCAUGAUUUAGAUUGAAUGUCUUUUUUUUUUUUCAUUUGCUAUUGAUUUGCCUUCCUAGAUGAUGGUUGCAGACAACCACUACAGUGACAUUGCUUUGCUUUAAAUUAUACUAUACACAGUCCUGAGUAUGAACAACUUAGUUGUACAUUCCUGUGCAUAUAUUUAAAGAUACAAACAUUUUUAAUGUUUUGCGUUACCCACAGUUUAACAGAAAAUGUACUUUCAGACACCAGAAUGGAGGCACAAAUGAUCCCAUCUCACUCUGUUAGAACAAAAUCAUUGCCAUACAUUAUUUUAUUAAUUUACUUUCUAUACCGGUGGUACCACUACAAAUGUAAACUGCUUGGAGCAAGUGAUUCAUGGCAGCGUAAUGAUGUAGAAUUUUAAAUUCGGGAUCUGUGUGAAUUUUACAACUUAAUUUUGUUGUAAGAUUACUAAACCUUUGAGGUCCAUAUGAUAAUCAUGCAGGUUUUCUUUUAUUUUGUUUGGAUCUUUAAACUCUUGGACUUGGUCCAACAUUGGACUGAUAAUGAAAUUUGGAUGUAGGACUGAAUUUAAUUCAGGACCUCUUUAGAGGGCCAUUUAUUUGUACAUUAUGGCAAAACAAAAUGCCAUUAUUUUUUCCUCCCCUAGCCCAAGUCCCACAUUCACUGUUGUAUUUGACUGGAAUGUUGUUUUCUUCAUUUAACCAACUGACGCGACUGAUCGCCCGAGAAGAUUUUGUUGACUAACAUGAGAAAUAUCCAAGAUCAUGUGAUCAAACUGUAAUCCAUUUGUUGUGUCAUAUUUGCUUUGGAUUCACAUUCAUGAAGAAAAUCACUGAUGCACAUUUAUCAGUCACAUGAUAUUCUAGUUAUUUUGAUUGCUAUAUGAAAAAACCAAGAUAAACUUUCCAACUGAAAUUGCCAUGCACAAUAUUUUUCGUUUCAACAGAUGACAUAACCGGAUUGCUCCAGUAAUAAUUGUAUGUAAAUAAGGUGAUUUUAAUUUGGGGGAAAAAAUAUGAAUACUGUAACUGCUAUGACUUUCUCUUGUAAUAACUUUUUAGUUUUGAUAACUGUUUGUCUUCUCAGCAUAACGGGCGGAUAAUGUUCAUAUAGACAGUCAUUUUUAAAUAUGAUCUAAUUAUUCGACCAAUUGAAAUUAUUAAGACUGACAAAAAUCUGACUAAUAUGAAUUUUAUUUUCCUGAAAAUUUAAGAUUGUGAAGGGUCAUCUUAUAUUUGGGUGAAUACGGUAUAUACAUCACAGUACAAAGCUAUUCAUACUUUGGACACACUUGUAUUUGUUUUGUGUGUUUAUAGUAACUUGCCAGGAGUAAGCAGGAGGUGACGUCUGAGCAGAAUUUAGCUUUGCUAAAUGGUGACUGCCAUGUCAGAAUAUAAAAUAUUCAAGUACUACUUUAUGUCAGUAGAAGAUAAAGCUCGUGGGAUUAAGUUGUGCGGUGCUGUUGGAAUUUGUAAAUCGUGGGCAUGUGCAAUCAUGGAAGAAGAGAGGGUGUUAUAACACAAGUUUCAGAAUCCUUAAAACUGAAAAAACAAAUAAAUAUGAAGGUGGAUUAGAGUUGACCUGGACUUUUUUUAUUUACACAGAAUCAUACAUGUCAGAAUCACAAAACUAUUACCCCCUUUAAUUAUAUUGUCCCUCUAUACUGCCGUGGCAAGGCACUAAUGCCGGCAGCAAAGACUGACUGCAUAGCCAGUUCAGGGCACCUCACCUUUGUGGUGCCAUUCUAAACUGGACCUCUUUGAUUCUGAGUGAAGCAGUGUACCCAUGUCUCGUCACAAGUCUCUUCAUUUCAGAAAUUGCAUUUCCCUCCAGUUCAGCGUAGUUCAAAUGGUCGGAAUCCACAGAAAAAUAUUUACCUUCCGGUUGAACGUCAGCUUCUUCGGAUCCGCCGUGCACACACUUUCUUGAACAAUAAGUGUUCACAAAUGAUUAUCUAUUUACUCUCAACACUUAUGUGUACUGUGGAUACAAUAUCUUGCACUUUAAUUCAUCUUUUCUUUCAUAAAUACCUCCUCAGUGCAAUGAAUGUUCACAUCUGUGACAGCUGUCAGUUGCACAUGACCAUGUGGUCUGUAGUGACCUAAUCAUACACAAUUGCAUGUGAUAAAGUCUUUUCCCCAUAAUGUGCAUUUAGCCUGAGGAUAAUUUUAGCCAGUUUAACUUUCUCACAUCAGAAAUGUGAUGAUAAAGCUUGGAGUGACAUUUUGUACUACUUCUAAUGUGAAAACAUGAAGGGUAUGGUUGUGUGUGGAAAGUGAGAGCAGUGUUCCCACCAUCUGUGAUGAAGGGUAAAAGUCCAGUUCAAUCUUGAACCAACCUCGUAACUUCCCCAUGAACUGAAGUAUUGAGAAGGGAGAUUGUCUUAUAUUUAGUAAGUAUGGUAUAUGUAUUAUUCAGUAAAACUGUUCUAACAUUUUUUUUAUGUUGGUAUUCUAAAAAGUAAUGCCAUGUGGACUUGUAGGUAGGUAUCAGUGUUUUGCUUCCAUCUUUUGGGCUGAAAUGUUGGUAUUUAUGUAUAGGUCCAUAUAUUGUCAUCUUCACCACUGAAAAUUCCAUACAUUCUGAUUUUUGUGUGAUGACAUUUCACAGCUGUUAUGUAGCUGACAUGUCGGAAAAGGUUGUUAAAAUAUAGCAGUGGUUUAAUGAUAUAGGAUCUUGGGUAUUAUACAGUUGUGGUGUUGGUGGUGGAAUUUUUAUUAAAAACUUCAUAAAAUACUGCCUUGACCAAUGAGAACUGUAAUCGUAUUUGAAGGCCUAGAUAAAUAUUUAUGGUUUAUGUUAAAUUCUCAUGAAAUCAUGUUUUUAAUCUAGUAAGAUAAAAUGGCUAUUGAAGAUUACUGUCUUCUGGGUUGUUGCACCUUGUAGUCUGAUAGAAGUUUAUCGACUGAUGGUGAUAAUGGAGGCAGCAAGGACCUCUGAAACGUCGGUAAACUUCUACCAGACUACACGGCGCAACAGCCCAGAAGACAGCCAUCUACAGACUCACCUCCUGAAAACCUCAAGUCCUGCAAAGUUGCUGUUGUUACAUAUACUGGUAUUUUAGCUUCGUUCUCUUAUUAUUUGAUAUGGUAUGAUGUCCGUAUGUGAAUGUUUGUCUCAUGCCUCUCCUCCCUAUUAACUAAUGAAACUGUUGAUCAUUUAUCAUGACACUGGAGAUACACUUCAUGCAGUUGGAGGCCACUGUGCCUUUAUAUUUUCAGGUUUCUGACUUCUGAGGUAAGUGCAAUUCUAGUGCCAUUUAAUACAAGGUCUGAAUGUAGUAAGAUUGGAUAUUCCUUAAAUAGCCUAUAAGCAAUGUUUGUCUGGAAAGUAAAAUGUCACAGUUUGCAGAAUGUGCAUGUAUAUUGUUGAAUGUGAUGAUAACUCACUGUAACAAAACAUAUGAAAUUUGGUAUGAUUAUAAUUUAACCUAUAAACUUUAUGUGAAACAUCUUGGGUAUUUAAUUUGAAAACAUUGUUAUAGCUUUAGGAUUAUAUUGGUCACAUUUUAAGAACAGAAAAUCUCUGUAUAUCUGUAGUAAUUAUGGACAAAGAUAUUGAUUUGUAUGAUUAUUAAUUUUAAUUUCUGCUGACCUGUCCGCAAAAAUGGAAGAAUGUGAAGGAAAUGAACAUCUAGUUCUUUACAAUAACUCAUUUUAGAAAAAGUUGUGUUAAUGUCUUGUUUCUUGUGUGUUCAGUAAUACAGUAGUGAUGCAGUUAACACACUUCAGUUUAACCAUGAGGUAAACUAGGCAGAAGAAAUGGGGGCAGCAAAAAACUGAAUGAAAUGAAAUAUUAAAAAGUAGAAUAUAAGCAUCUAAAAAUAAAGACAUAAGGAAAGAAUGAGCGAGUGUUCACACUCGUGGCCUUGUAAUAUCCUGCCAACAUUAAGUGGUGUGGUAUAUAUAUGUUUGAUUGUGUAAUGAGGUUGGAAAAAUAACCAGUUUGCACAUUCCUGACAAACAGCUGGCUUAAGAAUAGGCUACUUUAGUCAUUUAGUUGAAGCUGUUGCAUGACAUCUUGUGGUAAAAGGUUCUUAUGCUUUUGUUUGAUUUUCUUUGUUUUAAUUUGUCCUUAAUUUCUUUAAAAGGAAUAGUGAUGUACAUUUCUUUUAGUACAUAUUUUGUAUAAAGUGUAGAACAUUGGCAGUA